UUGGAAAUCACGUGACAUAGUCACAUUUGCAUCCUUAAGUAAACUAUAAUGGAGACAUGUCGGUUGCAUGAUAUAGUUAAUUUUAUAUUUAUUACCGGGCCGGAUUAAUACUAUAAAUGGAACAAGUAGAUUGGUCUUGGCGGUAUGUUUUGUUGGCAUGUGACUGUUUCAUUGCAUUCGGCUGCUUUUACUGUGUGGAUAUUCCGAGCGCACUCCAGACCGAGAUUCAAAGCUCUUAUAGUAACUGUACCGGGGCGUCGCUACUCAAUGGUUCCUGUUGUGAAGAGUGCCUAGGACUGGGCCCAGACCGAUACAACCAGCUGUAUGCUGUCUUCUCCUGGACAAAUGCUAUUGUUGUGCUGCCAAUUGGAGUUCUACUAGACCGACUUGGAAACAGAAUGACGGCUAUCUUGUCAACAUCUAUGGCUGUUCUUGGUUCAUCUUUGUUUGCGUUGUCCGUGACGUCAUAUUUUAGGAUGACGUCAAUAAUGUUUCCAUUGAUGAUGUUCAGUCGGGGAUUACUUGGAGCUGCAAAUGGAGGGUGCCAACUUGUUCAAGAUCGGGUUAUUGCUUACUGGUUUCCCGACAAACUGGGAUUGGCUUUUGGAGCCAUAGUGAGCGUCAUCAGGUGCGGAAACGUUCUAAACUUCUUUAUCACUUCAAACAUUGCAAAGAUCUAUGGAGUACCGAUGGCUCUUUGGACAGGUGCCCUAAUGUGUGGAGUGGGCUGUGUGGCAGCGCUUGGUUAUUGUGUUCUUGAUAUGAUAGGAAGUCGAAAACUGGACAAGAAUCACGUGUUUAACAUUAAAUCUCAGCCACUGCGGAUGAGCGACAUCCGGAACUUUCCUCUGUCCUAUUGGCUGGUGGCUGUCAUGAUCUCCACGUAUUACAGCUGCUUUAUUCCUUAUGUAGCUAAUGGAAGUAAAUUCAUCCAAGACAAGUAUGGAUACAAUCGUGUGACGUCAUCAUACAUAAACGGUGCGGUUUAUGACGUUUCCAUUAUAGUAUGUCUAUCAACAGGAUUAGUCUUGGACAGAUUUGGAGGAAGAGCAAUCUCAGCAACUCUGGGUUCCGCUCUCUCUGUUCCCGUUAUUAUCUCCCUUGCGUUUUUCGAGUUGCCUCCCUUGAUUCUGACCAUUUGUUUUGGGACCUUCUACUCUAUUACUGUUGUCAGUCUCUGGCCAUGUAUUGCAAAAGUUGUCCCGCUUUCUACAGUAGGAACUGCGAACGGAAUAGCUGCUUUUCUCCAAGGAUUAAAUAUUGGUUUAACUAACCUUGGAAUUGGAAAAAUUAUGGGUGCAGUCGAAGAGUCUGAUAUGAACAAUAGGAUAAGCAAGUGGAAAAUAUCACUUGCUAUUCUAUUGAGCCAGGCACUGGUUUGUUCCGUUCUAGGAAUUUGGCUCAAUGUCAACGAAAAAUUAAAGAAAGGAUUGUUGAAUGGACGACACAAAAAAGCAUCCCUGACAGAAAAGACAUCUCUGAUUCAGAACAGAGAGGAUGGUUUCUACGAUUCUACUGACUCUGGUUAUUCUAUUCAGUCUUGAUGAUGUUUAAUGGUUCAAUCUCUGUUUCUAUGGUGUUAAUAUGUGUUACUUGCCUCACUGACAGUUUUGAAAAGAAUAUAAGUUUUAUCAUGAUUUCAUGAUCUACACUAUAUUAUUGUGUACUUUACACUAUUUAACUGACAUGCUUUGUAUUUCAUCUAGCAGUGAUAUUGAUAUACAUGUAUUUAAUUAUGGAGCUGUUUGAUGUGGUCUGAGAAAAGAUAUACAAGGAUAUCUCUCAUUUUGUUUAGUUUAAAUAUACACAGACGUUUUAGAGAACAAUUUAUUUCUUUCAUAUUGAAAGUUACCACGUGAAAUGUAUACUAUAGAAUUCUAUAGGUUAAUGUAGAGUUGCUAAAGUGUUCGAAAUAUCAUUUGAAAUGAUAGUUAUUGUGUAAAUACCAAAACAUCGGAUGUUUUCCUUAUACACAUUGCGAAUAAUUUGUAUAUAAGACUUGUUUUGUGUUUUUUAUUUCUGCAAUUUUGAUUUAUUUUUGAAUCAUUAACUGUGCACUGUGUCGGAUACUUAUUUCAGUGUUUUUUCACGUACUUUCACAGUCUGAAUAUGCGUGUUCACUAAAGUCUUAUAGAUAUGUAUCACAAAUUUUGGUUUAGUGUGUCUUACCUGACAGGUGAGAUAUUUACCUGUUAAAAUUAAUAUUUCAUUGGAAAUAAAAAUUUCUAUAAAAUAAGUUUUCCUCUGAAUACAUGUAUAAAGAAAAUCCUAAAAAUCUAAAAUUUCCCGAAGGGAAUUGAUGACAAAAAAUACAUUAAUGAUAGUGGUCUCUCUUAGGACAUACUUAUUUUUUUGUUCGAAAACUGCAUCAUUCUAAGGCUUGGCACGGGCAUUUUUUUUAAAUUAUUUUAAACAUUUAAGUAUUGUACAUAUUUUUAUAUUUAUAUAUUUAAUUUACUUAUUUGUCUUAAAAUAGGAUGUAUUUUGUAUAUGUUUAUGAUUCUUUAACACUAUUUAUGUAUCCCGUUGACGUUUAUAUAUUUUCUAUGUUAAAUUAUAGUAUAUCUUUGAAUGAGUGUUGUCACUUCAUUUCAUUUUUUCACGCGAACACUCAUAUACAGUAUAUAUUUGUUUUUGUUUCAUGGAAAA